AUGUCGCGCAAACGCCGCAAUACUUCAUCGCCCGAGCCGGACGAUUUGCCGCCCUCGCCCAAGCGACGCAACAUCCCUGGCGCCCAUCUCAACUACGAGUCUGAAGGAGAAAGCCAUGAGACUCCUCGGUUUGAUGAUCGCGUUGGGCAGACUGGCGCAUUCCCUGGACUUGGAGCUGAUGACGAUGAGCUCUUCUACGGCCCUGCUAGUGAUGGGAUCGACUAUUUGAGGAUGGUGCGAUCUGAGGCCAAACAUGUCCCGCACAUCUUGACAGCAUCGGGAGCAUAUGCUCACCAAGAGGUUGGCCAAGAAGAGGGGGAGAUUGAAGAAGGAGGAUACUAUCACGACGGGACAUAUGCGGCAACCCACGAGCGAUCUACAGCUGUCGAGCCUGCCUCCUCUCUUCCACCUGCGCAGACACGAUACUACGAUGCUCUCCUCCGGCAAUUCAACCUCAUCCGAAAAACCCUGCGAUGUUCCCCUCCAUUAUCUGCGGUGCAGACUCUCCGACCGGACCAAUUCAUAUCAUUUCCCGAAAAUACGAACAAGGUCCGGACGCAGUGGGUCGACCACAUCCUUUCGACAGACCCCCAUCCUGUUCAGCUGGCGUGCAUGGACUCGAGCACAGUGGUGGAACUCGUCAGUUUCCUCGGCAUGGAGCUGGAGAGACUGCUGCGGGUUGGGGACCAGAUCAAGGUGGCGCGGGUUGGUGCUUGGGUGUGGGCCAUCUUAGGCAAGUGUCGUGACUGUGGGGAAAUGUCAAGCGAGGAGGUAGGAGACUUGAGGCAACUGGCGCAGGUAGCCCUGCGGUCAAAAGGGGACCAUCAGCCUGUGGAUAUAGACAUUGAUGAUGAAGAUGGGAACAUAGGUGGAACAGUGCCCACAGCUCAGACUGCUGAGAAAAACUCAGCUGAGUCCACUGCGAGCCACCUAGAUGGACAGGGUCUGGUGAUGGAGAAGCCGGAUAACAGUGGUAUGAGGCGGGAGAAGUUGCUAAGCAGGACGGUGGACAUGAUAGUCACGGUUGUGGGCGAGGUUUAUGGUCAAAGAGACCUGCUGGAUGCUCGGACGAUAUGGCUUCAUGAGGAAGUGAGAUGA